AUGGCUCUUUACGCGAGACGAUUGAUGCUUGUCGCCGCCCUGUUCGUCGUCUCGUAUGGGCAAAUCGCCAGGAGAUUCCGAGAAGGAAAUCGCUUCUUUUACGUGAUUUCCGACUUCGCCCUCAUGGAUCCCGCCGAUUACACGACCUCGACGACCCAGUCCUCCUGUGAGUAUGGUCGUGGGAGAGACCUAGAGAGUUCUUGCGAGAGGACACUUGGAAUGUCUUACAUGAAACCUCUUGAAAGAUCUUGCGAGAAGACUCCUGAAUGCAGGAAGACUCUUGGAAGAUGUCUGUGCCGCCGGCGGUGCCAGCUGCUGCCCAACUGCAGCUCAGUCUCGAUCCUCCCGCCGGCGGGGGGCGGGGCGGCGGGAGUGGAGUGUCGCAUCUCGUCGAAGCCAGCGGACCUCUCGGAAGUCAGCGCCAGACCCAGGCUUUCGAAGUAUAGAGGAGCUCUGCAUUUUCUGGCUACAGUGGAACAGGAAUGGAAACCUCCGGAAGCCGACGGACUGAUCUACACCCUGGACCCCCGGCCGAGCACCUGGGCCGCGACGGUAAAUAUCUGCAAGGCCGGAGAGGGCGCCGUGGCGACGACCUGGCUGCAGUUCAACAUCCUCGGGAAGUACCUUGAAACCCUAGAAGCCGGGACGGGAAUGAUAGUGGAGCUGUGCCAGUACUGCUUCCAGGGAGACCAGCGACCCAUUACCUGGGGUUACGUCAACAGAAUACCUUACUCUGACACUGAACUCAACAUGUCGCUUGUGGUUGAUCCUAACCCGGGGAGUUUCGCCGCAUACCAUAUGGACAAGAUUGGAUCGGAGUACAAGUUCAUUGGCACCGAUGCUACGGAUACCCAUCCCACGCUCUGCCAAGAUAAUGAUUUGAAUUUGGAACUUUAGAACCUGUAUAUGUAUGUAGGUCUAUCUAUUUCUCUCUCUCUCUCAAUCUCUUUCUCUAUCUGUCUGCCUGUUUGUCUCUCUCUCUCUCUCUCUCUCUCUCUCUCUCUCUCUCUCUCUCUCUCUCUCUUACGUGGUUUGGUCCUCCGCAUGUCAUUGUGUGAGCUGUUAUAGGGCCCGGUUGUGUAUGCACGCUAGCUUGGUAAAGGCGAUUUUUGCGAGUGAGUUUUGUCAAGAUUUCUUGUUGAGUUGAGCUUUAUAGCUUGAUAUGGGGAUUUAUCUAUAUUCUUCAUUUUUCUAGCAUUGCUUUCAUUUUAGAAAUGAACUAAAGGACUGCGACCAACUUAGUAGUAGCUAAGAUUUGGUGAUAUUUCAGUAUACUUUUCUCGAUAGAAGAAUAGGUUAUCUGAACGUAGCACCUCACUGUUAUCCAUGUCAUUCUUACCGGUGUCAUCUUGUUUAUACAUAACGUUCUUUUCUAUUUUCAUUUCUGAGUAACAAAUCACCAUAUAAAAAUGACACUUCAAAAGCUCACAGAAGCAUACACACACGCACAGAAACAACAACAACAGCAAAGCAUGUCAGGCGCAUGAAGACUAACAAAGUUUGAAGAGACAUUAAUGAGAUUGAAUAAGUUCUUUAAGUAAGAUGUAAUUACCGCAUUUUCAUUUUCAUCAAAAUUACACGCAAUCCUAAUUCUCAUUCAUACUAUUAAUGCUACUAUUAUUGCUACUAUUACUACUGCUACUAUUACUAUUAUUGCUACUACUA